GCACUUCGAGUCCUGAAUGCGUCAGAGCGCAGCUACCGCUCCGUCCGGCAGUGAGUCGGUCUAACUUCAGAGAAAAUUUUUAGUAUCGUGGCAGCUCUACUACUGGCGAGCGACUACGCAGUGUGCGAUAAACGCGGCGAACGACGUACACAAACUAGCAAAAGAUGUUUUUGCGCACAAGUUUUGGCGUUCUUCUCGGAACGCUGAUGAUAAUUGCCAUCGUGCCACAUGCGACGUCUUACAAUAAAUAUGGAAGAACUUGUCAGGACAUCGGCUGUCGCAGCGACGAGACAUGCGUGAUGGCUGAAGAUCCUUGUAACAGCUAUUCGGACAAAUGCGGACGAUACCCGACCUGUCAAAAGAUAAGUGACGCAAGUUGUACUUCGAUGGUUUGCGGACAGAACGAAUAUUGCAAGAGCGAAAAUGGUGCGCCAAAAUGCGUGAGGAAGUCCACGGGAAUAGAGUAUGAAAUGAAGACACAUACAACGGAACCACACGUCAAUCAACACGAAUCUUGGGAUCGUCUUAGAAAAUCGAAUAAUCAUCCUAAUAGAAUUGUUAGAUCUUCUGGAUAUCCAUCUGUCUCAGAAUAUCCCGAUAAUAGCAAUUCAAACCUUGAAUCUUCAAGUACUUCUAAUUCAAAUCGACCCCAAUCUAGUUAUCCUUCUAGUCAGUCCAGUGGAUAUCCAACUAGUGGAUCAUCUGGGUAUCCAUCUGGUAGAUCAUCCGAUUACCCAUCCAGUAGGUCAUCUGGUUACCCAUCUAGUGGAUCAUCUGGUUACCCUUCCAGUGGAUCAUCUAGUUAUCCAUCUAGUGGAUCAUCCGGAUAUCCAUCAAGUGGCUCAUCCGGUUACCCAUCUAGUGGAUCAUCCGAUUAUCCGUCUACUAAAUCAUCCGGUUAUCCAUCUAGUGGAUCGUCUCGAUAUCCAUCCAGUGGGUCCAGAUAUCCAUCUAGUGGAUCAUCCGGUUACCCAUCUAGUGGAUCAUCUGAUUAUCCGUCAACUAAAUCAUCCGAUUAUCCAUCCAGUAGGUCAUCUGGUUACCCUUCCAGUGGAUCAUCUAGUUACCCUUCCAGUGGAUCAUCUGGUUAUCCUUCCAGUGGAUCAUCUAGUUAUCCAUCUAGUGGAUCAUCAGGAUAUCCAUCUAGAGGUAGUUCCAGUUAUCCUACAGGAUAUCCAAGCGGUUCCUCUAGUUAUCCGAGUAAUUCUAGGAAUCUUGGCGAAGAAACUAUUAGACGGACUGAUAGUAGUGUUGUAAACGCUGGCUAUCCAGGAUACUCGUCUAGAUAUCCACAAGGAAAUCCAUCGUAUCGAAAUUAUCCGGCUCAAAAUGCAGGAUAUCCCUCUUCAGGCUAUCCGUACAGUAAUCAAUAUCCAGCAUAUCCUAAUCAAGGGUAUCCACAAAGUUAUCCUCAAGGAAGAUAUCAAGGAGGAUAUGAACAAGGAGGAUAUUAUCCAAAUCAAAAUUAUCCGACAACUACUAAACAACCUAGCUUUCGCGAUCAGUUGACAAAUGUGGCACGUAACGUGGCCGAGAGAGUACUGACACAAACAAUAGUAGAUCGCGUCACUGGACGGCGUCAAUAAACAAAAUUUGUUUUAAUAAACAUUUGAAAUCUUUAUUUUUAUAACACUCUUAUCACAUGUAACCAUAGAAAAAACUACAAAAUAUAAAAUGAUUAAUUUAUCAAUUGUUUUCUUUGAAAACAAGCAAUAUUGUAGAA